UCUCCUCCUCCUUGACCUCGAUUUCAAACCCAUUCGUGAACACAACAGCUGGUUUGUGUCAGAAUCUCAGUAAAAUGGGUAUCUCCGACGAUGAAGAAAGGAGUAGUUUCACAGGAUCCCAUCCUCCUUUUCUUGACAAUCUUCAUGGAUGUUCCAGAUUCGUGAGAAGACUUGGUGUUUCUUCUCAUCGUCAAAGUCUAACGCAGAGCUCUCACGGUGACAACAGUCUCAUGCUUGGAUUGCUUGCUCCGGAAGACUACUACCCUAACCACCACAUAGGAGGCUUUACAGAGAACACGUCACGUCGAAACAGAGAUUACUACCACCUCUUCGAGGAGCAGCAACAAAACCCACGACGACACAUUUCUAAAUGCAUGAAGGAAGCUUUGUCUCCAGAUCUUGUGUCCGUGCUUGGAAUCUACGGAUCUGUCUACCUAACAGCAAAAGAUCAGAUGGGUUGUCGGUUUUUACAGAAACUGAUGGAAGAAAGAAGCUUUCUUGAUGUUAUGGUUAUAUUCAGAGGAUUGAUAAAUCAUGUCAUCGAACUUGGAAUGGAUCAGUUUGGGAAUUUUCUCAUACAAAAGCUUAUCCUAAUCUCCAACGAAGAACAGAGAACAAAAAUCCUCAUCAACCUGACCUCCACACCUGCCUUGCUUAUCGAAAUCUCCCUCCACAACUAUGGGACAAGAGUUGUGCAGAAGCUGAUUGAGACAGUGAGAACAAAGACAGAAAUCAAUCUGGUUAAGUCAGCUCUUAAACCGGGUUUGCUCUCCCUGGUUAGAGAUUUAAAUGGAAAUCAUAUUAUUCAAAGUUGCUUAAAAUUCCUUUCCCCUGAAGAUAACAAGUUCAUUUUGGAGGGUGCUACGAGGUUCUGUGUCACAAUUGCAACUCAUAAACAUGGAUGUUGUGUGCUGCAACACUGCGUUAAAUACUCAGUUGGUGCGGAACGUGAGAAUCUCAUUGCUGAAAUAGCCAGAAACUCUCUCCACCUUGCACAAGACCCUUUCGGGAACUAUGUGGUGCAAUACAUAAUAGAGCAGAACUUGGGAGGAGUAAAUGUAAUGUUUGAGUUAAAAGGGAAUUAUGUGAGAUUGGCUACACAGAAGUUUAGUAGUCAUGUAGUGGAGAAAUGUCUUAUACAUUAUCCCGAGAGUAGAUCCCAGAUUGUCCGCGAGCUCGUCUCUGUUCCAAACUUCGAGCGUCUUCUUCAGGACCCUUUUGCUAAUUACGUUAUCCAGUCCGCUCUAUCUAAAACUAAGGGCUAUGUUCGGGCGAGCUUGGUGGAUAAAGUACGUACAUUUGGAAACCUUAAGAUGAAUCCAUAUUGCAAGAGGAUAUUCUCCAAGAGCCGCCACUUGAGGAAGUGAUCAUAACAGAUUUAACCCCUAAUGCAAAAAAAAAAGGUAUUGUUGUUUUGCUGAAGAUGUAGGACUUGACACUAUGAUCCAUACAAGACAGGAGAUCCCCUUUGUUGUCUCUUGUCUUUUUUGGAUGUUGUUUAUCGUCUAGUAUUGAAACUGAUCUAACGAGUCAUGUUUUUAUGUGGUUAACAUUUUCCUCCCUGAGUUAAAUUGUGUUUUUAUGAUUAGGUUUUGGUUCGGUAUCUUCGGUUUUCAAUUUUAUGGGGUUACCGAAAAAUGAAAUCAAAGACAAAUAAUCUAUAAUUUGGUUUUGUUCGGUUUGAUGUAGUUUGGUAUCUUUUUAGUUUAACAUGUAGUUAACUAAAACAUAUAAACGAGAUUUUACUGAGUUCAUGCUUCAAACUUAAAGCCUUAAUCUUGCAAGGGUUUUUAAUUAAAAAAAUGCACUAUAUUACUAACUUUAUAGUAAACAUUACAAACUACCAUAAACUUGUUAAUCAAGUACACAACUCGUCUCUCCUCAGUCCUCACCAACCUCUGAAUCUUGUCUCCCUGCGUUUCCUUUUAUGCCAAAACCGAGCUCUAAAACGCAGGGCAACAGAGUUCUUCUUUAGGCAAAGCACGUGACGUAUGCGUGCGUCGUGCCACUUGAAUUGUGGAAACUGGGCUCUCCAUGGCCUUAUUUGAGUAAGCAUAUCCUUUGAAUCCUCGAGAUAAACUAAAUAGUCUCCAAGUGACACGUCAAAGAAAAGGGGUGAGUUCGCCCUAAUACUUUUCUCUCUGUCCCGAUAAUCGAGGCGCCGCCUCAACCGUUUCACUCCGACGCCGGUAGAGCCUUGGCUCACCGGCGUUGGGCGCUUCAACCUCCGCGUCGUCCUCUUUCUUUUCGUAUCUGCUCAAGCUCAAGAUCCCGUGCUCUGUUCACCGUUCGUAUGACCCUUUCUUGGUCGAAGUUAUCCUCCAUUUCGUAUUUUUCCGGGGGCUCCCGGCUACAGUUUUCACUCGCCUCCUCUAAUCAACGCCAUCAACGCCAUAGCUCUGUUGGUCCGGCUCCGUCAGGAAUCAGAUCUGUGAGGCUCAAUCUUCCUCUCCUCCCUACGGUGCCUCCUCGGCUAGAAAGCCCCCUCCGACAUUCGCCUUCCAUACCACCACAAGUCCAACUUCAAGCUUCGGCUUCCAACGUCUGUAAACCCGGUGUCCGUGGGGCUCCACAAUUAACUCAUGUUUUAGAUCUGGAUUUUUGUCGUUUGUCUCGGUUGUGCUCACCUUAUGUCUCCUCCAUCACCACGGUCGCUGGCCUUCCUACUCCGCUCACCGCUCCAUUGUCAUCAUCUCAGCCAUAUCAGUUAAACAUCGCCGCUUCUUUGCUCCGCCGUGAUUCUUCGCAGUUCAUCGGAUUCUUUGACCGAGGAAGGCUGAGUCAUUUUGUUCAUGAGAUGGGCUACUUUCAUUUUGCAGUGGGCUUGACAAGCCCAAUAAAGCUCCAAGGCUCCCAUCUCUUCCUAGCAGUUUCACAGCCUACGUUGAUGUGGGGUGGAUUGGUCUCCUUGACUAAUCUUCUAAAAAUGUUUGGUGGGUUCACUAGCGUUUUUACAGAGACAUAUUUACACACAAAGUUUCAUCUCUCUUGUUCGAAGAGUAGCCUCUCUUUCCAUUUACCGGUGGGUUCACUGGGAUCAUCAUUUUCAUCAUCUGCUUCCUUUUUAAGGAGUGCCUUCCCUCCAAUCUUGUGGAGGUGUUUGUCCAUAUCUAUAACCGUCUUGCUAUCUUGUGGAGCGGUCCGUUCGGGACCUGAAGAUGCAGCGGGAUUCGUUUCGACGAGUUUCCGAGGUGCGGAUUGGAUGUCAACGUCACAAUUUAAGGUGACUAUUUCUCUGCUGCCCGACCAUGUCGUGAAAGCUACACUGACGCAUUCAAGCACCGUCUUGAGUUCGCUGUCAUCUUCUUCUUUUGAAGACCUAUCCUUUUUAUCUUAUGCUAUUGUAGUUUAUGUUUUCAAUCAAAGAGGAUGGACAAUUCCCUCUAUUAUUUGUAAUCAAGCAAGUUGACGUUAAUUAAAAAGUUGUGUUUCAAAAAAAAAAAAAAAAAAAA